ACCGUUAUACAUGCUCACCCCUGAAACCCCCCGUUCCGUCGUCCCCCGUCUCCUCCAUUUCACCGCCUUGAAUCCGCUCCCCAAACAAGGCGGUGCGGCGCGACGCGCUAAACCCUGAAAACCCUAAUCGGAACAACCUCCGCCGGACACCGGCGGCGGGCCUGAACUCCGACAAUGCGCUUCCGCCGGUUCUCUUCUCUCCGGCUCUCCGUUUGUGCGAACUAGCGUUGAUUCUUCAGUCCCCAGCUCAAGCGAACGCCCGACCGUCUGCAUCUCCGAGAAGCGAUUUUGCGGGGGAUGAGCUUCAGGGCCGAGGCCGGCGGCCUCUUCUCCGCGCUGCGCCGAUCGCUCCUCCACCACCAGCACCACCAGUGCCGGUCCAUAACCAAGGUCCGCCUCAAGUGGGUCAAGAACCGGAGCCUCGACCACGUGAUCGACACCGAGACCGACCUCAAGGCCGCCUGCCUCCUCAAGGACGCCAUCAAGCGGUCCUCCGCCGGGUUCCUGACCGCCAAGUCGGUCGCCGAGUGGCAGAAGGCGCUCGGCCUCACCGUCCCCGUCCUCAGAUUCUUGCGCAGGUAUCCUACACUCUUUCAUGAAUUCCCACAUGCCCGAUACGCGGGUUUGCCCUGUUUUAAAUUGACAGACGCUGCUCUGCUGUUGGACUCGCAAGAGAAAAGCAUACACCAGAAAUAUGAACACGACACUGUGGAGAGGCUCUCUAAAGUGCUCAUGAUGACGAAGACAAAGACCUUGCCAUUGCGAUGCUUGAUUCCAUUGAAAUGGGAUCUGGGUUUGCCAGAUAAUUUCAUGAAGUUGUUGAUUCCGAAUUAUCCGGAUCAUUUCCAAUUUGUCAAGGCUUCGAGCGGUGACGCGUACUUGAAGCUCGUGAAUUGGCCUGAGAGUUAUGCAGCCUCGGCAUUGGAGAAGAGAAACGAAAGUAAUGGGGCAGGGGGUGAAUAUAGGCAGUUUAAGAGGGGCCAAACAGCCCUGGCAUUCCCCAUGAAUUUUCCCAGGGGAUAUGGUGCACAGAAGAAGGUGAAGGCGUGGAUGGAUGAGUUCCAGAAAUUGCCAUAUAUUUCUCCAUAUGAAGAUUCUAGGCAUAUCGAUCCGAGCAGUGAUCUCAUGGAGAAACGAGUUGUUGGGGUUUUGCAUGAGAUCUUGAGCUUGACCAUCCAUAAGAAGACUAAGAGGAACUACUUAAGGAGCUUGAGAGAAGAACUAAAUCUUCCUCAUAAGUUUACGCGAAUAUUUACUAGGUAUCCUGGGAUUUUCUACCUCUCUUUGAAGUGUAAGACGACUACUGUUGCUAUUAGGGAAGGGUACCGGAGAGGUAAAUUGGUGGAUCCACAUCCGCUUGUCCGCCUAAGAGAGAAGUUUUACCAUGUGAUGAGAACUGGGUUAAUUUACCGGGGUAAAGGGCUAGGUAUGAUACCCCCGGAAGAUAUUAUGCUCGACGAUGUGGAGGAUGAGACAGAGCAAGAAGAAUCAGAGGGGGAAGAACUUGGUGCGAAUGAAGGUUGCGACGAGGAUUCAUCUGAGAUGGAUGAUGAAUUCGAUGGGCAAGAGUGAUUUCAAAGGAAAGAGAGAAGAACAAACGCCCAGAAUGUCCAGAUGGAGCAAAAUGAGAAGAAUUUUUGGCAUUGGCUGCUACGGACAGUUAAGACAACCGAUGUCAAGCUUGCAUCAAAUUUAAAAUCGUAGAUGAAGUUUGGGUAGUUGCCAAAGUUUCACGAUGUUCAUGGCCAUCCUUUCGUUGAUGAUAAACAAAAAUAUUUGAUGCGAUUCUAUUGCUGGAGCUUGUAUAAGAGUUACGAAAGCAUAUUGCCAACUUAGCAGUGAAGAGGGGACUGGAUAAUGAUGGCUUUAGGUGAUGCGAUUGACAAAAUUUCUUACAAUUAAAGAGAAGAAACCUGAUUAGUGCGGGCGAUUGGGGAAUAGUAGAAUGGAAGGACAAAAUUUGCAAAGAUAUGUAAAGAGGGGAGGAAGUCAGACAAAUGGGUCUCUAGUGGGCCGAAAAGCAUUUAUCAGAGCUGGUAGUGCCAGAAAUGUAUGGGAAUUUCGCAACCUGCGGCGGCUAGCAGAUUAUUAAUUUGUUUUUAUCUGAUUCAAAGUUGCUUGUUGUAUGUCAAUUUUGACAAUCAUGUAACAUAAAACCAACAUUAUUUGAUCCUCCUCGUCACUGCAAAGGUAGGAAUAUGCUUUCGUA